AUGGGGAGUCGGUGGUUCGAGUCUCCUAGUGCCCAGACUCGGCCGCCUGAGACGCCACGCCCUGUACCAGGCCACGCCCUGUACCAGGCCACGCCCUGUACCAGGCCACGCCCUGUACCAGGCCACGCCCUCUACCAGGCCACGCCCUGUACCAGGCCACGCCCUGUACCAGGCCACGCCCUGUACCAGGCCACGCCCUGUACCAGGCCACGCCCUGUACCAGGCCACGCCCUCUACCAGGCCACGCCCUGUACCAGGCCACGCCCUGUACCAGGCCACGCCCUGUACCAGGCCACGCCCUGUACCAGGCCACGCCCUCUACCAGGCCACGCCCUGUACCAGGCCACGCCCUCUACCAGGCCACGCCCUGUACCAGGUCACGCCCUCUACCAGGCCACGCCCUGUACCAGGCCACGCCCUGUACCAGGCCACGCCCUCUACCAGGCCACGCCCUCUACCAGGCCACGCCCUCUACCAGGCCACGCCCUCUACCAGGCCACGCCCUUUACCACGCCCUAUCCAUCCUCUCUACUUUCUUGUGCUCCUCGAUUCCUGGAGCUGCGUUAG